CCUGAUGAGUAAAUCCAAAUUAUAAUCCAACAACAUAUCUUUCUUAUGCCACCUCCAUCGACCGUCAUGGAUAUUACUUUCCAUCGGAACAGCCUCAUCCAUCUUCUCUCUCAGGUUAACCCCUUCUGGAUCCAAUUCUUUUACUUCCUCUCUUCCUCUAUCACCGGCUUCCUCCUCCUCAAGCUACUGCCUACGAGAGACGCGACGAGUAGGCCCACUAACGUCGACCUGCUCUUCAUGUCCGUGUCGGCCAACACGGUCUCAAGCAUGGACACCAUGGAGAUGGAGGUGUUCUCCAACUACCAGCUCGCAGUACUGACUCUUCUUAUGGUGAUCGGGGGAGAGGUGUUCAUCUCCAUGCUUAGUGUUCACUUCACCAAGAUCAACUCCCAGAUGAGGGAUUCUGCACUGGAUGCAGCCGGCACGGAACUCGCUACUCUCUCUGAUCAAAGACGGAGCUCGGACUUGAAAUUUAGCUCUAGAAAGCACCUGUUCUUCGUGGUGUUGGGUUAUCUCUUAGUAGGCCAUGUGGUUGGUUUCUUACUCAUCCUUGUUUACCUGAGACUUGUCCCGGAAGCCGGAGCUGUGCUUGAGAGAAAGGGUAUCAACGCGUCCCUGUUCUCCAUCUUCAUCACCGUCUCUACCUUCGCCAACUGCGGUUUCGUGCCCACCAAUGAGAACAUGGUGGUCUUCAGGACUUACUCCGGCCUCCUACUGAUACUUACAGUGCAGGUACUCGUCGGAAACACGAUGUACGCCUCGUGCCUGUGGGCGGUCAUCUGGUUGUUGAAGAAGCUCACCAAGCGGCGGGAGUACGAUUACCUGCUAACUAACUACGGGGAGAUGGAGUGCAAUCACUUGCUUACUGGCUCUCACUCACUGUACUUGGCUCUCACCGUGGCUGGGCUUGUGCUAGUGCAGUUCGGACUGUUCUGCUGUAUGGAGUGGACGUCUGAGAUCUUGAGUGGGCUGAGCACGUAUCAGAAGGUCGUCGGAGUCGUCUUCCAGUGCGUGAACUCACGCUAUGCCGGAGAAACCAUCGUUGACCUCGCUGCUGUUGCUCCGGCCAUCUUGGUGCUGUUUGUGGUGAUGAUGUAUAUUCCUCCAUAUACAUGUUUUCUUCCUAGAAAAGGUGAUAAGCAGCUACUCAAGGGCAGGGAAAGAAGCAGGAAGAAGCAAGGCCUGAGUUUGAUCUUCUCGCCAUUGUCUUAUAUUGCCAUUUUUACCAUCAUUGCAUGCAUCACAGAGAGGAGACAGAUCUCUGAAGACCCGAUAAACUUCAGUGUCCUCAACAUUGUUGUUGAGGUUGUAAGUGCAUACGGAACGGUUGGGUUCACAACGGGGUACAGCUGCAAGCGGCAAGUGAAGGCGGACGUACACUGCAAAGACGUGUCGGCUGGGUUCUCAGCGAAAUGGAGCAGCAAAGGGAAACUUGUGCUCAUCGUUGUCAUGUUAUUCGGCAGGUUGAAAAGGUUCAGCAUGAGAGGUGGCAAACAUUGGAAAUUUAUAUAAGUCUAAUCCAUGCAUGGAAGGAUUAAGUAUUGACUACGUAGAUAUUAUUAUUGUUAGUAAAGACAACAGCUAUAUAGAUCAAUUGUCUCUUCAUUUUAAGGUGUAUUAGUCAUUUGUUUUAGUGUUUUGGACAUCUUCUAAGAGACUAUGUUUUUUUUUUGUAAGAGUUGGCCGAUAUUUGUAGAA